AUGACCCUGGUGAUGAGCUUGCACCACCGUCACCGCCCGUCGCACCGUCGUUCGCAUGUCAGCGAUUUCGACAGGCUCUCGCAACUCCUCGCAGAAGCCGACCAGAUCCUGAAGGCCGGCUGCACGCAGAGUCUCUCCCGUGCGACUCGGGAGUUCAUAGGCUUGGACUUUUACUCGCUAAAGUAUAAUCUCGACGGGUUCCGAAAGCCUGUUAUUUCCAUCAAUGUGAAGAACCGCGUGGUAUACGUGAAGGCCACCCGACGAGGGAAACGGGACUUCGAGGACUUGAGGAUCCUACCGCACUUCGUCGAUGUGAAGAGUGCAAACUGGUUCUUUGAAAAUGGUGUCCUCAUUGUGCUGUUUCCUUACAAGAACAAACUCAAGACGGAGGUCGCACUGGGUUGCGAGAAAAUUGUCAAAAGGAAAAUCGUAGUACCCAAGCUGAAAGUUUUGCGGAGUUAUCUGAGG